AUGGCCGACCAAUUUAAAGCGCGCACCCUGAAGCGCAAGAACGUCAAGGGUCUGGCGCUGAAUGCGGCUCCCAAACCUGCUUCGACUUCCGCCGAUGGAGAUUCUCAAGGUUCUGGCGCCGUUGGAAGUGUUGAAACCAACCGCACCGAUACCCUCGAGAUUGGCUUGGAGUUUCGAUUGGACUUGCGCAGUGAGGAUCUUAUCACGUUGAAAGAAUUAGGCGCCGGCAAUGGUGGUACCGUCUCGAAGGUCAUGCAUGCAUCGACCAAGGUCGUCAUGGCGCGGAAGAUUAUCCGAGUCGAUGCCAAGGAGAAUGUGAGAAAGCAGAUUCUACGAGAGCUGCAGGUCGGCCACGACUGUAAUUCCCCUAAUAUCGUGACCUUCUAUGGCGCUUUCCAAAACGAAGCCCGAGACAUUGUGUUAUGCAUGGAAUACAUGGAUUGUGGCUCCCUCGAUCGAAUUUCCAAAGAUUUUGGUCCAGUCCGGGUGGACGUCCUUGGCAAGAUUACCGAGUCCGUGCUGGCCGGUCUCUGUUAUCUUUAUGAGGUCCACCGAAUCAUGCAUCGCGACAUCAAACCGUCGAACAUCACCGUCAACUCACGAGGAAACAUCAAGCUGUGCGACUUUGGUGUGGCCACCGAAAUCGUCAACUCUAUUGCCGAUACCUUUGUGGGCACUUCGACUUACAUGGCUCCGGAGCGAAUUCAAGGAGGCGCUUACACGGUGCGCUCGGAUGUCUGGAGUGUGGGACUGACGGUUAUGGAACUAGCCGUUGGGCGCUUCCCCUUCGAUACCUCAGACUCAACGGCAGGCGAUCGCGCCAGUGCUGGCCCAAUGGGUAUUUUGGACCUGUUGCAGCAGAUUGUGCACGAGCCUGCUCCGAAGCUGCCCAAGAGCGACGCUUUCCCACCCAUUCUCCACGAGUUUGUCGCCAAGUGUCUUUUGAAGAAGGCCGAGGAGCGGCCAACACCCCGGGAGCUCUACGACAAAGAUGCAUUCCUCCAAGCCGCCAAGCGAACGCCAGUAGAUCUCCAAGAAUGGGCCAUUAGUAUGAUGGAGCGACAUAACCGGAAGUCGUACCUCGCUCCGCCGGCACCCAAAUCACUCAAAGAUGAUGUGCAAUUCUCAUCUUCACAGCAGCAGCCCAGCCCCGCGGUCCAACCUCCUGUCAGUAAAGCCCCUGCUAUUAAACCUGCACGCACCCCUCAGUACGCCUCUCCCUCGUCCUCUGGCGAUCUCUCCGUCAUGGGUCAUGACGGGCCUGUGCACUAUGCCCACAACUAUGUUCCGGCCAAUCCCUCGCCCCGUCCCCGACGGACCACUCGCUCGCCGCCCAUCUCGUUGGAGCAUCUGUCGCUGGAGAACCGCGAGGAUGAGUAUCGCUCUGGCCGACGGCCCUCUCGCACUCCCGUCGAUGGCCCUUCUCCGGGCCUGGAACCUCCCAUGCAUCCAAUGAGCUCUCGCUCCGCCAGCUCGCACAAUACCAAAUCGAGAAUGCCGCUGCAGUCUGCAGCAGCCCUGCCUGUCCGCUCGCCACACCACGGCCCACCAUCGGGAUCGGGCUCGAGCGGCAGUGGUUCCUGGCAGCGGUCGAUGCGAGGCGAUCAUAUGACCGGCGCUGUCUAA